CCGUGACUGCUAGCUUUUCUGAUGAGAAACGCUCGAUUUGCCGGUGCUUUCAGUCGCGUCUAAUUAUGAGGGGUUUACCGGCUUUUCACUACUAAACGGGCAGAAAACAGAAAUUUGUUUCUUGCGUUGUCGGACCUAUAUAACCUAUUUCGCGUCCCCGCACCGAUAUUUGCGUCACCUCACCGAGUAGACCUCGGCAAGCUCUCGACCGAAAUAGAUUAUUAUGAAUGCGGGAUCUUAAUACUGCGUGAUUAUUAUGAACGUGGGCGCACGAGUAGCGAGAUCUUACACCUAAACUUAGGCUUACGCUUAAACUUGCUCGCGCUUUGGUGAUCUUCGGUCUUCUAUUUCGCGCUACACCUCUUAUUUAUUUUUUUUUCUUAGCCGCCAACGCGUGUGCGCGUUUGUACCUAUACCCGAUGCGCACAGCGCCUGUUUGUCCACGCAAUCCAGAGCGACGCGGCAUUUUCAGGCUCUUCUUCUUCUCUCUCUCUCUCUCGUUACGCCGCGUGUUUGUCGCACACUUCUUCUCCGUUCACCCCUUUCCGGGGACCGGCGUCGUUUUGCGUUUAUCAGUUUAGCGCCGCGGCAGGGAGGCGAUAACGCCGCGAUGUCCGGAAAGGGCGCCGCGGGGACCGUCGCCGAUGCUCGAAAGCGAAAUUUGCGGAAAGUGAGAGUCUCCUCCCGGCCGCGUCGGGCGACAAACCCUUUGCGCGGACGCUUCCGGGUAGCGCCGCGGUCGCACUGCUCAGGUAUACAUACGACGGCGAGAGCGCGAGCUCGACCGUGCCCGCAACCCGAGCCAAGGGCUCGCGCCGCGGCCCUUUUUUCGGAGUCUCCAGGGUCAGAGUUCAAGGCGCAGGGCUCGGAGUUUGCAGCGUCGAAAGGAAGCGUCGGAUUCCGCAACCAUGAUGCGGGACGGCGCAUUUGCGAGAUUGUACCUGUCGUUGGCGGCAACACCGAUCCGGCUGGAUUAGCUUUCGCGUCGAGCGGGAAGCCGGUCUCACUCGGCGGCCGGCCACGACAGGGGCCACGGGAGAGUUACCUUAAUCGUCUCGCCAAACGAGAUGUGUUCGAGCUGAUCCAAGUGACAGUGUCUGGCAUUGCGGACGUUGGCGAAGGAAACUACGUUCUUCUCGGCUGGACUGAACGCAGGCGCAUUGAUCCUCCGCGAGGACUGGGCGACCUUUCAGCAAUACCUCUGCUCUUAGAAAAUGCGUGAUAACCGGAAAUCACCAUGUGACACCCUGACCACCAGCCGAGUGACCAACCGAAAGGAACAGGUGUCCUUUGCAGCUGGAUAAGGCUCUGCAUCCGAUGGGGU